GCAUUUACCAUACGGGUGACGGUGUCGUAUACAAAGAACAAGCUCUAGCUUACAUAUGGCGGACUGUGACAACGUAUAGUCACCGACGAUGGCCAGCAAACAACCCAGCAAUACGAAUUCUGCUACAGGUGCGAGCGCGAAGAGCCAUGGGACCACGCAGGGCCAGAGCGGAAAUACCAACCACAGCAGGCCUGCGGACGAUUCGUAUUGGGAAGACCGCAAGUGGGAUGUCUUCAACGACGUCUCCUACAGUCCGGACGACAUGUCUACUGGCGCCACCUACAACCAAAAGGCGCUUCGCUUCAUCAAGCUGAUGCUCUACGUCGUCACGUGCCUGCUGGUGUUCGUCUGCGCAUGCGUGUCGAAGAUCUCCUUCUUCCUCAUCGUGUCGCAAAUCUUCAUCGAGUGGCCGACGGCGGCCGACGCUGGCGCCAACGGUGCGCGCAGCUCGCCGACGUGGUUUCUGUCGCUGUGGAUAGUCGUGAGCGUGCCGCACGCUCUCAGCCUCUACCGCUGCUGCAAGGUGAUGAUGUUCCGUAACACGCCGUGGCCUUCCGUCGGCCUCUUCCUCCUGGUGGUCAGCGUGGAGACCUUGCACACCCUCGGUGUUUACACGUUCGCCUUGCGCGUGCUGCCGCGCAUUGACGCUGUCUACGGUGCCAUGGUAACGAGCGGCAUCUGCUUCAUACCAGGGGUUAUGCGUCUGCUUAAUCAUGGCCGCCGGGAGCGCUGGGGUGUCGCGCAAAUUCUGCUCGAUGUGCUUGCCAUUGCCUUGCAGGGUACGGUUUUCGCGUGGCUCUUUCUCACCCUCGAUGCGCUCAAUGCGGGCAUCGCCACGGCAUCUCUCAUCUGCAUCUCGCUCAGCUACUGGGAGACGUUUGUCAGCGAAGCCUCCGCCAUCCCGAUCCUCUCCCAGCUGGGGAAAACCCGCAAUGAGAUGCGAGGCGCGCGCCACAAGACUUACUUCCUCGUCAACGUCUGGAAGAUCGUCGCCGGCCUCGGCAUUACGGCCUUCUUCGCCGGGGUGGCCGGAGCACCAGGUGGCGCUAAAAGCAUCUUCGGCGACAUUCCGGCGGUAGUCGUGUACACAACCAUCGUUCAGGGCGCCGCGUCGUUGCUCGGUUACGCGACGGUGCGACUCGUCUGCAAGAUUAAGAUUCAGUUGUUCAGCUUCUCGCUGCCCAUCGUGCUGUCGACGCUGGCGACGGUUGUUCUGCUGUGCGUGCGCUGCUUCUUCAGAGAUCCCAUCGUCUCUCUUCUACCGGCGACCGAAGAGUUUUACUGGAACUGCCCGGAUAAGGAAGGAUCGAAGAACGUUACCUACAUCAUGGAAUACUACGGCUGGAUGUGGUUUUUCUGGGUAGCUUCGCAAUUCUGGAUCACAUCGCACAUAUGGACGCCAUGUAUCGAACGUCUGGCAAAGUCGAACAAGAUCUUUGUGAGACCAUUUUACUGCAGUCUCCUCUUUGAUGUUGGCAUGCAGCUAAACAGGGCGCGAGACGAGAGGAAGCAAAACAGAGAGCUGCUUGGUGGGAUCAGAAACACCACACUGGGAAUAAUCCCGGACACAUUAGACUGGGAUGAGCUCGUCAACAGCAAAGUUUCCGCCGAAGAGCCGUCUAAGAAUUUGGAUGACAUUACGACGCUACUAUACUUCUGUGCCACUAUGUGGCACGAGACGGCGAACGAAAUGAAAGGGCUGAUGAAAUCCAUAUUUCGCUGCGAUCAAGACCAGAGUGCUCGGCGACUGGCCCGCACCUACUUCGACCGGAAAGACGACGACUAUUACGAAUUCGAGGCGCACGUGUUUUUUGACGACGCCAUGGAGACGGUCGGUGGUCAGCGUCUGCUCAACGAAUUCGUGCGACAAUUCAUCUCGACGGUGGGCGAGGCGGCAAGGUCAGUGACUGGAGCCGCAUACGAACCAACCUACCAGAAGAUAGCGACACCUUACGGCGGCCGUCUGCAGUGGGAACUGCCAGGCGGAAACCAGCUAAUAGUGCAUCUUAAAGAUCAAAACCUUAUUCGUAAGAAAAAGCGCUGGAGUCAGGUUAUGUACCUGUACUACCUGCUCGGAUGGAAGCUUCUCGACCAGCUAGAUGGCAGCACUGCGGUAAAGCAGGCGGCCGCCGACAACACCUACCUGCUGCUGCUUGAUGGCGACGUCAGCUUCAAGCCGGCGGCCUUGCUCAUGCUCAUUGACCUCAUGAAGAAGAACAUUAACGUGGGCGCCGCGUGCGGCCGCGUGCACCCCGUCGGCAGAGGUCCCAUGUUGUGGUACCAACGGUUCGAGUACGCCAUCGGGCAUUGGCUGCAGAAAUCCACCGAGCACAUGAUUGGCUGCGUGCUGUGUAGUCCCGGAUGUUUCUCGUUGUUUCGCGGCAGCUCCAUCAUGACGAGGGAGAUCAUUGGUCGUUACAACAAUAAGGCGCAGACGGCUGCUGAGUGGAUACAGUACAACCAGGGAGAGGACAGGUGGCUGUCCACCCUCUUGCUGCAGGCUGGGUUUCGGAUUGAGUAUUGCGCCGCGGCUGAUGGCUACACUCAGGCUCCAGAGACGCUAUCCGAGUUCUACAACCAGCGUCGACGCUGGAUCCCGUCUACGCUGGCCAACAUCAUUGAUCUGCUGCUGAACUCUCGCUCGAUGGUCCGGAAGAAUCCAACUAUCUCGUGGCUGUACGUGCUCUAUCAAGGACUGCUGCUAUUCGCCACACUGGUCGGACCUGGCAUCACAUUCAUUAUGGUCGUUGGCGCUCUGACCGCCGCGCUACCAACCGCAGCGACGUCGAUGAGCAGUGCAUGGGUGUGCUUCAUCGUCAAUCUCACACCCGUAGUCAUCUUCAUGUUUACAUGUAUCUACGGAUCCGCGAAAACGCAGGUGAAGCUUGCCGCCAGCCUGCCCUGACGGCGCUGCUUUGGCUAUUGCG